GGGAUGCGUGUGUUUCAAAGAUAAUUUACAAAGAAGAAAAAAACAUGAAUAUACAUACAUGAUACCAGAGCAAGUUGAAAUUCAAAGUUGGUGAGAUGCUUCAAAGUUUCCACAUUCAGAUUUGUUCUCCAACAUCAAAAUAUCUUGAAUUCAACCUCCUAACCUUGUUGAAUCUUUCAGCUUUGAUGGACAUCACAUCAACGUCCCUGUUGAUUCGUUCACCCACAAUUUCCAUUCCAGGUUCCACCCAAACGUAUAGAAAUUUCGCUAUUAUAUAUCUAUCUAUCCCCAUUCUACGUUAUGAAUUACUUACCACACAUUUCCCCUUUCAACAAAUUUAAUUAAGGUUUUCUUCUCCUAGCUUCUUUCUUUGUUGAAUUACAGGUUUGUUGUAAAUUCAUCCAACUCUCGGUGUUCAAGACUGGGUUUCAUUGAAUUUGUUGUAUGUAUAUGUUUGGAUUGGAUGUUAAAUGGAUCAUAAUUACAACCAGUCUUCUUCUCAUCAUCAUCAUCCUCAUCCUCAAUACAAUAAUAAUAAUCCAUACCCCCCCUAUGGAUACCCUCCCAAUUAUCCACCUCCUCCUCCUCUGUAUUACCACCAACCUCCUCCUCCUUCAAACUAUCAUCCUCAAUACCCACCUCAACCAUAUCCAUUUCAAUCAUCUCCAUCACAAUCCCCACCCCAUCCCGCCCACCCUUACCCUCCUCCACAGCCCUUUCCCGGCGGCACCCCUCCUCCUUAUCAAUACUCUGGAUAUGCUGCAUACCCUCCCUUACCGCCUUCUUCCGAAAUGCAGUCCAGUACCAUGCCUUAUGGGAACAAUGCUGCCACUCACCUCCCUUCCGCAGGGGGCGAUUCAUCAGGCACCUCCACACCCUUGUACCCUUCUUUAGAUUAUCAGUUUCUUAAUUUAUCUGUGUCUGAGAGUACACCGUCUGCCCCUGCACCACCACCCGCUGCCCCAAUGUUUCAGGGUGUGAGUGUGAGCGCAAAAUAUGAACCCGAUACUUCACACACCCUUCGUCCUAGUGAUUCUGUUUCUAGCUUUGGCUCUCUUUCUUAUAGUGAUUUAUCUCAAAAUCCUAAUUUCGGACAUGCACCUUCAUUUAUCGAUCCACAAAACAAUCAACAGUAUCAAACUGUCUCAUUAACGCCUUCUAAAAAGGCGUUAAAAGUUCUGCUUUUACAUGGGAAUUUAGAUAUAUGGAUUCUCGAGGCGAAAAACCUUCCAAAUAUGGAUAUGUUUCAUAAAACAAUGGGGGAUGUCUUCAAUAGAUUACCAGGAAAGAAAACUAGAAUAACGAGUGAUCCAUACGUCUCUAUUGCUGUAACAACCGCAGUGAUCGGAAGAACUUAUGUAAUUAGUAACAGUGAAAAUCCCAUUUGGAAACAGCGUUUUAAUGUCCCUGUUGCACAUCAUGCUGCUGAAAUUCAUUUUCUUGUUAAAGAUAGUGAUGUCGUGGGGUCUCAACUUAUAGGAGUUGUAGCAAUUCCUGUUGAACAGAUAUAUUCGGGAACUAGAAUCGAAGGGUUAUUCCCGUUAAUUAACACAAACGGAAGACCGUCUAAAAAUGGGGCAAGUUUAAGACUCUCAAUCCAAUAUUUUUCAAUUGAAAAGUUGAGUUUAUAUCAUAAUGGGGUUGGAGCGGGCCCGCAUUAUAUUGGGGUUCCUGGGACUUAUUUUCCGUUAAGGCAAGGCGGUAGGGUGACUUUAUAUCAAGAUUCACAUGUGCACAAUAGGUCUUUACCGGAUCUUAAGCUUGAUCAAGACAUGCAUUAUGUUCACGGGUCUUGUUGGAAUGAUAUAUUUGAUGCAAUAAGUAAGGCUCGACAUCUUAUUUAUAUAACGGGUUGGUCCGUGUGGCACAAAGUGAAAUUAGUGCGUGGGGUGGCUAAUACUCCUGAAUAUACGCUUGGUGAUCUUUUGAAAUUGAAAUCACAAGAAGGUGUGAGAGUUUUGCUUCUUGUUUGGGAUGAUCCUACUUCAAGGAACAUUUUGGGUUACAAAAUAGAGGGACUCAUGGCUACCCAUGAUGAAGAAACCCGACAUUUCUUUAAGCACUCUUCGGUACAAGUGCUUCUUGUUCCUCGUAUGGCGGGAAAAAGACACAGCUGGAUCAAGAAGCAGGAAAUUGGAACUAUAUAUACACACCACCAGAAAACUGUGAUUGUUGAUACUGAUGCGGGAUAUGGUAAAAAAAGAAUUUUAGCUUUUGUUGGUGGAUUAGACCUAUGUGAUGGCCGAUAUGAUUCUCCACAUCAUCCCUUAUUUAGGACUCUAAACACGGUGCAUGCAGAUGACUUCCAUAAUCCUACUUUCACGGGUACGCUAGCCGGUUGUCCAAGAGAACCAUGGCAUGACAUGCAUAGUAAAAUUGAUGGACCCGCAGCAUAUGAUUUAAUGACCAACUUUGAGGAACGAUGGCUAAAGGCCUCAAAACCUCAUGGUUUGAAAAAACUAAAAACUUCAUAUGAUGAUGCUUUGCUCAGAAUAGAAAGGGUGCCUGAAAUUUUGGGUGUAAAUGAUCAACCUUACCCUAAUGACCAAGAUCCCGAAGGGUGGCAUGUACAGAUUUUCCGUUCAAUUGAUUCAAACUCUGUUAAAGGCUUUCCAAAGGAUCCGAGGGAAGCUACAACCAAGAAUUUGGUUUGUGGAAAGAAUGUGAUGAUUGAUAUGAGCAUACAUACAGCAUAUGUGAAGGCUAUCCGUUCUGCUCAACAUUUCAUUUAUAUCGAGAACCAAUACUUUAUUGGAUCAUCCUUUCAUUGGAGUUCAUACAAAGAAUUGGGUGCCAACAACUUGAUUCCAAUGGAAAUUGCCCUUAAAAUUGCUAGUAAAAUUAGAGCACAUCAAAGGUUUGCUGUAUAUGUUGUCAUCCCUAUGUGGCCUGAGGGUGUCCCUACAGCCUCUGCUACGCAACGUAUUUUAUUUUGGCAGAACAAGACGAUGCAAAUGAUGUAUGAGGUCAUCCACAAGGCCUUGGUUGAAGUAGGGCUCGAAGGAGCAUUUUCGUUACAUGAUUAUUUGAAUUUUUUUUGUCUUGGGAACCGUGAAGCCGCAGGUCCACAGGAUAAUGUAGGUGACCAGAACCCUAAUCUAGGGAAUACUCCCCAGGGACUUGCUCAAAAGAGCCGGCGAUUCAUGAUAUAUGUUCAUUCAAAAGGCAUGAUAGUUGAUGACGAGUAUGUAAUUAUCGGAUCUGCAAACAUUAAUCAAAGAUCUAUGGAGGGUACGCGUGACACAGAGAUUGCAAUGGGUGCCUACCAACCUCAUCAUACUUGGGCAAUAAAACUCUCAUAUCCACGUGGGCAGGUAUAUGGAUACAGAAUGUCUCUUUGGGCUGAGCAUCUUGGGCUUGUUGAUGAUCGAUUUACACAGCCGGAGUCAAUUGAAUGUGUAAGACAUGUGAGAUCAUUGUCUGAAGCUAACUGGAAACAGUUUGCAGCUGAUGAGGUAACAGAAAUGAGGGGACAUUUGAUGAGAUACCCUGUUGAAGUGGAUCAAAGAGGCAAGGUUAAAUCUCUUAAGGGACAUGAAAAUUUCCCAGAUGUAGGUGGUCAAAUUGUCGGGUCAUUCCUUGGGAUUCAAGAGAAUCUGACUAUUUGAUCAGUUUUUUUCGGGGCAGUUUCAAGAUUAAAAUUUUUAGAUUCCCGGUUUAAGGGUGUGAAACCGAUACUGUGUACAGUAGUGCUUCUUGUUGCAAAUAGUUUGAUCUUACACAUAUAUGUACAUUUGACAUCCAUUCUUUAUAUCAAAUGACCUCCAACA